UAACCCCACGCAUUCCGAAGUUUCUUACAAAACACACACUCUCACACACCAUGACUGCAAAUUCUACAUUGUAAAAUAGCAGGAUGAUUCUUCUACCUUAUCGCAGACUUGUACUAAACAACUCUAACAACUUUGCCAUGGGCUCCAAAUAUUUUCUCCACAAGCCAUCCGUUACCAUACACAAGACUAUUAUUCCUGUCCUUUCUUCAAAAACCCACCUUUUUCAAAACCAAAGACUCAUCUUUUCAACAUUUGCUUCAAAACCCAUCUCCCCAAUUCGUGGAACUUCAAACUUGUCUUACAGGCCCCAACGUAUUCCCCCACCAGUUUCUGGAGUAGUACUGGAAGACCCAGUGGAGGGAAUUGCGGAGUCAGAACAUGUGAAGGCACUGAAGGAGAAAUUAAGCCAGAUUGGCAUAGAUAUUGGUUCUUGUGGACCAGGGCAAUACUCUGGUUUGCUUUGUCCAAUGUGCACAGGUGGGGAUUCAAAUGAAAAGAGCUUAUCUCUCUUCAUUACUCAGGAUGGGCAUGCAGCUACAUGGACAUGCUUUCGAGCUAAAUGUGGGUGGAGAGGUGGUACCCGGGCUUUUGCAGAUGUGAAGACAGCUUUUGCAGAUAUGAAAAGGAUUGGAAAAGUGACUAAGAAGUACAGACAGAUAACUGAGGAGAGUUUGGGGCUGGAACCUUUAUGUGAUGUGUUACUCUCAUACUUUUCUGAGCGAAUGAUAUCGAGAGAAACAUUGCGGAGAAAUGCGGUUAUGCAACGGAGAUACGGUGAUCAGAUUGUUAUUGCAUUUACAUAUCGGAGGGAUGGAGCACUUGUAAGCUGCAAGUACCGGGACAUCACCAAAAAGUUUUGGCAGGAAGCUGAUACAUUAAAGAUAUUUUAUGGUCUAGAUGAUAUAAAAGGAGCAAGUGAUAUCAUCAUUGUUGAGGGUGAGAUGGACAAGCUUGCUAUGGAAGAAGCUGGCUUUCGGAACUGUGUGAGCGUUCCCGAUGGGGCACCUCCAGUUAUUUCAGAUAAAGAGUUGCCACCUGUAGAUAAGGACACGAAGUAUCAGUAUCUUUGGAACUGCAAAGAGUAUUUAGAAAAGGCAUCUCGCAUAAUACUGGCAACUGAUGGGGAUUCUCCUGGUCAAGCUUUAGCUGAAGAACUUGCCCGCCGCUUGGGGCGAGAAAGGUGCUGGCGAGUCACAUGGCCGAAAAAGAGCACUAUAGACCGUUUCAAAGAUGCAAAUGAGGUACUUAUGUAUCUGGGGCCUGGUGCACUGAGGGAGGUUAUUGAAGGUGCAGAGCUAUACCCAAUACAAGGGUUAUUCAACUUUAAAGAUUACUUCACUGAGAUUGAUGCAUAUUAUCACCAAACAAUUGGCUACGAGCUUGGGGUUUCAACUGGAUGGAGGUCUUUAAAUCAACUAUACAAUGUUGUGCCUGGAGAGUUGACUAUUGUUACAGGAGUCCCGAAUUCGGGGAAGAGUGAAUGGAUUGAUGCUCUUUUGUGCAAUCUCAAUCACAGUGUUGGCUGGAAAUUUGCACUUUGCUCUAUGGAAAAUAAGGUACGGGACCAUGCUAGGAAACUUUUGGAGAAACACAUAAAGAAACCUUUCUUUGAUGUGAGAUAUGGGGAAUCUGUUCAACGGAUGAGUGCUCAGGAGUUUGAAGAGGGAAAGCAAUGGCUCAGUGAUACUUUUUUCCUCAUAAGGUGAUAGUGGCAGUUAUGAAUC